UCUAAGUGGACCGGGUCGCAAAUCAAGAUCCAGAUCCUAAAUCCAAAUCCCUCAAUCCACAGCAUCUCUCUCUAGCAGAACUUCCAGACUCCAUUCCCUGCCCUCGAACGAAGAAGGAUGCAGGCCAUAUCGAGGCGAUUAGGUCACCGAUCCCCGAUAUCUUCUUUCAAAUCAAUUUACCCGCUAUCCGAUCACCUUUAUGGAGCUGAUCACCCACGAUACGGAUCUACUCUGGCAACCAGAGGUGUAGGCCACCUUAUUCGCAAGGGCACUGGUGGAAGAUCCUCUGUCAGUGGAAUUGUUGCUACGGUGUUUGGAGCUACAGGGUUCCUUGGUCGAUAUGUUGUGCAACAGCUUGCAAAAAUGGGCUCUCAAGUUUUAGUUCCGUUCAGAGGUUCUGAUGAUGAUCCUCGCCACCUCAAGUUGAUGGGUGAUUUGGGUCAGAUAGUACCAAUGAAGUACAACCCGAGAGAUGAGAAUUCCAUUAAGGCUGUAAUGGCAAAGGCCAAUGUUGUUAUUAAUCUUAUUGGAAGGGAUUAUGAGACAAGAAACUACAGUUUUGAGGAAUUGAAUCAUGCCAUGGCCGGACAACUUGCUAUGAUUUCUAAAGAACAUGGAGGUAUAAUGAGAUUUAUUCAAGUUUCUUGUUUAGGAGCAUCUGCAUCAUCACCAUCACGACUGCUAAGAGCUAAGGCUGCUGGAGAGGAAGCUGUUUUGAGAGAAAUGCCUGAGGCAACAGUCAUGAAACCUGCUGUGAUGAUUGGUACAGAGGAUCGUAUUUUGAACCGGUGGGCCCACUUCACAAAAAAAUAUUCCUUUCUCCCGCUCAUUGGAGAUGGAUCUACCAAAAUCCAACCUGUAUAUGUUGUUGAUAUUGCUGCUGCAAUUAUUGCAGCCUUGAAAGAUGAUGGAACCAGUAUGGGGAAAGUAUAUGAGCUUGGUGGGCCAGAAAUCUUUACCGUGCAUGAAUUGGCAGAGCUUAUGUAUGACGUGAUUCGUGAAUGGCCUCGCUAUGUGAAAGUUCCAUUUCCCAUUGCCAAGGCCUUUGCAACACCACGAGAAAUAUUGCUUAAUAAGGUUCCAUUUCCGUUACCUAAUCCUAAGAUGUUCAACCUGGAUGAGAUCAAUUCCCUUACCAUGGAUACAGUCGUGUCAGAGAAUGCUUUAACAUUCAGUGAUCUUGGGAUUGUACCACAUAAGCUGAAGGGAUACCCUGUUGAGUUUCUAAUCUCAUAUCGUAAGGGUGGCCCACAAUUUGGUUCUACAAUCAGUGAAAGGGUUUCCCCUGAUUCCUUCCCUUAAGAUUCUUUGAUCUUUCGUUUUGAAAUGCUUGUGGUCCAUUGCCAAUUUGGAAACUUGGAACACAUAUGACGCUAGCAAUUUCUCAAGGGAACAAAGAUAUGGACCAAAUGAUCUUGCUUGUUUUGUUCACAGUCAAAGAAAUAUUCAUCAUAAUAACCAUGCUUUACUUGGGAAACUUGUUGAUUUGCCAUUUAUAAGAAUUGCAGUUGUAUCGCUUUUGGAGUUGGUAGCCUCGGCGUAGCAAGUGCUUGAAGAGGGGGCAAUUUCCUGAUUGUUUGCAUAGUUAGGAAUAAGCUGAAUUGUAGAUGCCUAACAUUAUUCUCCAGGGCUGUAUGACUCUCAUUUUUGGGACUUUUAGAAAGGAAAAAAGGUGAUGGUUUUUUCUUGGUAGCAGAAAUGUUUCUGUUAUGUGUUUGUUCUUGUGGUUUGACGAUUUUGGUUUUCAUUUAUGUUCUUUGGAGUUUGAAAUGAUUUAUUUAUUUAUUUAUUUUACAUUCUAAAGGUGAA